CGUAGAUGGGUGAGGGACAGAGGUGACACUCACAGGAAGCCACGCGCCUUCAAAGGCAUCCUUCUUAGCGCUCAGCUUCUCGCACAAGCCUGGCACUGACUCACGGACCUUGCCCAGAACCACUGUCAGACAAGCAAGAGAUCGCGUCUGCUCUUCCCUCAUUAGCUUCUGGUUGGGCUCAGACCUGCGUCGAGGAGCCUGGAGAUUUGAAAAUGAACCCCACGGACACAGCAGACACCACCAUGGAUGAAAGCAUCUAUCACAAUUACUAUCUCUAUGAAAACAUCCCCAAGCCUUGCACCAAAGAAGGCGUCAAGGCGUUCGGGGGGCUCUUCCUGCCCCCUCUCUACUCCUUGGUCUUUCUGUUCGGUCUCCUGGGCAAUUCUGUGGUAGUUUUGGUCUUGUUCAAGUACAAGAGGUUCAAGUCCAUGACUGACGUGUACCUGCUCAACCUCGCCAUCUCAGACCUGCUCUUCGUGUUCUCCCUCCCUUUCUGGGGCUACUAUGCUGCAGACCAGUGGGUUUUUGGACUGGGUCUCUGCAAGAUUAUUUCCUGGAUGUACUUGGUGGGCUUUUACAGUGGCAUCUUCUUCGUCAUGCUCAUGAGCAUCGACAGAUACCUGGCGAUAGUGCACGCGGUGUUUUCCUUGAGAGCGAGGACCUUGACUUACGGGGUCAUCACCAGCUUGGCCACAUGGUCCGUGGCCGUGCUGGCCUCUCUUCCAGGCUUCUUAUUCAGCACCUGUUACACGGAGCGCAACCACACCUACUGCAAAACCAAGUACUCUCUCAACUCCACGAGGUGGAAGGUGCUGAGCUCCCUGGAGAUCAACAUUCUGGGGUUGGUGAUCCCCUUGGGCACCAUGCUGUUCUGCUACUCCAUGAUCAUCAGGACCCUGCAGCACUGCAAAAACGAGAAGAAAAGCAAGGCGGUGAGGAUGGUCUUUGCCGUGGUGGCCCUCUUCCUGGGUUUCUGGGCGCCUUACAACGUGGUGCUCUUCCUGGAGACCCUGGUGGAGCUGGAGGUCCUUCAGGAUUGCACCUUUGAGAGGCACCUGGACUAUGCCAUUCAGGCCACGGAGACCCUGGCUUUCGUUCACUGCUGCCUCAACCCGGUCAUCUACUUCUUCCUCGGGGAGAAAUUCCGCAAGUACCUCGUACAGCUCUUCAAAUCCUGCCGGGGCCCCUUCGUGCCCUGUCAAUACUGCAGGAUCCUCCAGCUCUACUCCCCCGACACUCCCAGCUCGUCCUACACGCAGUCCACCGGGGACCACGAUCUCCACGAUGCUCUGUGAGCAGCGAAGAGGCGCAAGUCGGAGCGAAGCCUCCCAAAGGAAGAGCUUACUUAAACUUGUAUUAUAGUAAGAGUUCCUGAGCCAGUGGCGGGAGGACUUCCAUCCACUGCCGAGCGUGGGCCUCUCACCCCACGGUCAGCUCCUCCUCUUGCCAUCUGCGAGUGUGGGGGGCGAGAGCACACCCGGGCCCCCGCAUCCCCCCCCCCCCCCAGGCUUGCCUGCAGGGCUGAGUAAGCACAAGGAGGAUUCUGACCCGCAUCUCAACGAGGUUACACAGAACACUGUGCGGGAAGGACCAUUCGUUCCCCUCUAACCUGCACUGAUGGAGCUCUCUAGGGGGACCCGCGCAGAACUGAAUGGUGGAGUCCAUCGCUCCUUCUUGCUAUGAAAAAUGGGCCCUUUCAUUACUUUCUAGCUUUUGUGGAACGAUACAGAAAACUUUGACACGCUGUCCUGGGGUUUUUCUAAUAAUAUAGCUGAAGGAUGGUGGAUCCCCUGGCGCCGGGUGUGCGCAGAAACAGAUCGUGAAGUAGUGACCCUCUGCCUUGAUUCUUUAUCUUAAAGGAUUAUUUGUGAAUGGAAGCCAAACUUUCGAUGCUGAUUCCAAGUGUGAGGAUGUGGUGCAAAGGCAUGAGCAAGGUCUGAUGUCCAAACGUGAAAUACAAGGCAUUAAAAAAUCCAAACGUAGUUGUGGAAAUUCAGACAUACUUUCGUACGCUUAUGGGCACGUUUUGUGUUUGUGGUGGCAGAUGACAUCCGCAUUUCACAUAAUACAUAGGUGCAGAUACAGGCAUUUGGGGGCUUUUAACUUGUUUACAAACAGAGCCUUCAAACUAAAAAUAACAAGGGCUAAUAAAGUAUGACAGUGAAGUGCCUGCAGUCAAGGGAGGCAAGAAUAAGCAACUAAAAGCUGUUACUGAUGUGGCAUAGAGAGGAGUGUCCAGCAUCUACGAAGUUGUGAAAAACGUCAUCCUCUCUUUUAAAAUACCGGCCUCCUUAACUUUUGGACGGCUCAAAAUUUCACCGAGUCAUUCCUCACAAGUCAUUUUAAUCAUGUAGUUAAUCGUUUGACACCGUUAAGUUAAAUCUCUGUUCUUACAGACUUAGUUAAUCAGAAUUAAGACUUUAAUCAAGUUGGGAGAGACCUACAGUCCCUCGCAGAACAAAAACCUGUCUUGCAAACUAUUCACCGAGUCACCGGUUGCAAAUGCUUCUGUAAGUUCACACCUUGUUACAUGCUCUACCUGUAUAAAGGGUGCAUUUCCGAAAAGUGUGUUUUUAAAACAGGGAUUUUAAAGGGGCUAAGUCGAUGUUGCCUUUAUAGACAAAGAUAAAAUAAAGUUGUACAUAGUCGGCCAGA